ACAAAAUGAAUUACCCUGGUGUCACUAGACUCUAUAAUCUAUAAUGAUGAUCAUCUUCAAAUCCUAAUGUUUUAUCGGUUUUAAUACUGAAACUGGAAGCCACAUAAGAAUGAGGAAACACAUUUCUGUUGCUGGUACUAGUUAAAGUAAUUCAAAAUGGUUUUUAAAUUUUAACAGAGUCAAGAAUGAAUUGUUAUUUUUUACAAUAAGAAGAGCUACACAAUCAAGUGCAUUGUUAUAUUUCUAGUCUUUUCCAGUGUGAUGCAUAUCUGGAUUCAAAAGAGUUAUGAGCAAACUGUUACUUGAUUUUAUUUAAGCCACAACACUGUUGAAUUCUUCCAAUUGGAAUUUUUUUUUUUACACAUAGUUAACCUAUUAUCUCACUACAUUAGUGAGAAAAAUGGCAUUGGUCCCAUGAAUUACUUGUGUAACUGUGAGUUAUUAUAUCCAGUCUUGGGGAUAGCUCACUUAAUUAUUGAAUGAUUCAGAUGUGUAUCAUAUCAGCAACGGCAGUGAUAAAGAGAUAAGUUGUUUGGAAAAAUUUUCCUGUAGGACCAACAAAUAUUUCAAAACCUGAUGGUCCAGAAAAGCGUAGAAGCAUUAUAUCAAACACAAUGGCAGCUGAUGCUAAAACAGAGAGGAGGUCUAGAAAACAAUCUAAGCCGCGGGGUUGGCCAAGGAGAGAUGUACAGACUGAAGAGUUAUUAAACGGCGCAGCUGAUGAUGACGAUGAUGAGUUUGAAGGCCGUGUAAAUUCAUAUAAAGAGCAGGAAGUUACACUGCGUCAAAGAAGUAAAAUGGGUAGUGUCCGCAAAAGUAGUCGGACAAGAAAAAGUCUUAGUUACACAGAGUUUGGGGACAAUGACCCUAUAGACAGUGAAGAUGACAUAAUCACCCGUUCAUAUAAAAAUGAUAGCAAUAGUUUAUUUACGAACAAUGAUUCUGAAAAGUAUAGUGAAUCAAGUAAUUCCUUAUUGAAACCAAAAGCUUCGAGAAAUUUAAAACCUAAUGCUAAAAAAACUUUACUGGGAGUGGGAAGACAGAAGCAAGUUUUGGGUAAGACAGACAAUCAAAAACAGACAAGAAGUGGUGGCAGUGUCAAGAAUCCAGUAGACAGCUUUUGUAAUUCAGACAAUGUCAUCAAUACUCCUGAUAACCUGGAAGUAGAUAAGGACACAGAUAAUAGUAAAGAGGCAGACACGGCUGCAACCCCUAAAAGAUCCCGCAGCAGACUUAAGGCUAAGAAAGGUCAGGCACAUGCUGUGCUAAGAAACAGGGAUCUGUCACAGCCAGACCAUUCCUUUCAGUCUGAGGCUGACCUAGAUCAGAAUCUAGAGGAAGCUGAGGAGCCUGUUACAAACAAAAGAACCAAAGGAAAGUCCACGCCAAAAACACCAAAAUCAUCGGCUACCUCUACAAGGGGAGCCAAAUCUUCUGCUAAGUUAAAAGGAUUAAAAAGUUCAGAUCUGAAGUGUAAACAUUGUGAUGAAGAGAUGCUUUCUAUAGAAUCUCUACAAAGGCAUAUGAUGUCAAAACAUUCUGUGGUGUGGUCAAAAAGUAACCCUCUGGGAGAGGAAGCACCAGGUCUUAUCAUCAAAGCACUGGGCCAUGUGGACUGUCAGCAGUGCCAGAAACAGUUUCGAUUUGCUCACUACUACAAGCAUCAUCAGAUCUGGUGUGGAAGGGAGGAAGAGCUAGCCACAUGUGAAAUUUGUAAACAUACUGUACGAGCAAUGUGGCUGCACCAGCACAUGAAUGCACAUAAAAACAAGGCAGAUCAGCUGGCCUUGGAGGAAAAGAGGAAGAAAGAUGUUGAAGUAGAAGACGAUGGUGUGCAGGAAGUGGGGAAAAGAAGGAAGCGACAGGCUGCAAAAAGUGCAAUCAAAUUAAUCAACAGUUUUACCAUGGAUGGGGAGGACGUUGAGAACAUCUCUGAUGAGCACGUGGAAGAGGAGAGGGAGGGGUCGGAUGAGGAGAGUGGUUCAGAUAUUGAAGAUGAUGAGUGUGAGAUGGAUGACGUGGACAUUGAGGAGCGACCAAAGAGAAGUUACUUCAGUGAAGGAAGGCACAUUAUUGACUCCUCAAGCGCAGAGAAAAAAUGGAGCAGCAUUUGUUUUUUAGACGCCAACAUGACACAGUCUCAGAGGUUGGAGAUUCUACACAAAUUUUAUGACAGUAUACCAAAGGAUCCAAUAUUCACAGAUCUCCAACCCCACCCCAGCAACUGGUCACCUUUAGAUGGCAGUGAAAGAGAAAAGUAUUUACCACUUCGUCAGCAUUCAGUCAAAUUUACAUGUGGGCUGUUAGGUCAUACUACUGACCACAGUCAGGAAGAGAUGUCAUUAAAUUGGGGCCAAUCAGUAAUCAGAAAUGGCAAACCUUAUUGUUACACUGGUGGUCCAGUUUGGGCAUUAGAGUGGUGUCCCUUGCCAGAGGGCGUGGAAUCUGAGCAGUUUUUUGCUGUAGCUUUAGACUUAACUGCUGACGAGAAACUGCCCAGCACAACCAAUACUUCCAGUGGACGAGGCAUUGUACAAAUCUGGUCAGCUGGGGUGUUAAAAAAUGAAAAAGACUGUACUGGUGAUUUGUCCAUAAAAUAUUGUAUAGCUCAUGAAUCUGGCUACUGUGUUAGCAUGUCUUGGUGUCCAGGGCGUUGUUAUGAUGAGGAAGAACAUGAGGAUGGUAGUCUACGCAGGCUGGGGCUGCUGGCAGUGGCCUGUUCUGAUGGUAGUGUUCUAGUCUAUAGUCUUCCCCAACCUAAUACACUGGAAGCCCAACAUUCCAAAGAUAUUUCCAUAUAUUAUCCAAGUCCAGCUGUGACCUUAGUUCCAAACUCUCAAACAGGUUGUGGCCCUUGUUUGUGUACAGCAUGGCAGCAGGGAGGUAACCAUGAGCAGAUUGUUGCUGGGUAUGGUCGGGGUAACAUUUUUGUCUGGGAUCUGGUAUCCAAGUCUCCCUUGUUAAGGGUCAAUGACACCACACUUCGACCUCUCCAGUGUUUCAAGUUUAACACAGAGGGUAUCUUGUCCUGUACAUGGAACCCACAGGUACCCUCAUCGUUUGCCACAUCUUCAUUUGACGGCAGCUUCUGUCAGUGGGAUACCAACAUGACAUACAUGCCAGUUGGUACCAUGAGGCAGUCUUUCCAGUUGUUUGUUCACAGAUCUCUGUGCUGGGCUGGCCCAAUGCAACUUGGUUUUUUCUCUUCAGCAGAGAAAUUUAAUAUGACUGAUAAAUGCCCUGUGACCUUCCAUGGCCUGUCCAGAAAUGGCACAAAAAAUAUGGGAACUGGACUGGCAGUACAGAACCAUGCAGCAUGUAUAUGGGACGUGAGCUACUGUCCAUUCUAUGAGGUCCUAGUCUCAUGUGAUGCCAUUGGUAAGGCUAGACUGACCCUCCCUCCCAUGAUGGACGUCAGAACAAAGGCUGUGAAGAACCAUGGGAUCUGGUACAAGAGUGCGUGCCCUAUGUUGGAUGUUUACCAGGCCAAGCUGAUUAAAAAAAAUGAUGUGGAUAGCCAGCUGGAUCUGUUGGGACUCUCCCGGGGUCAAAUGUCAGAAGUGACAGGCAGCAGCAGAUGUUUCUCAACCCUUGACAUUUUGGGUGCAUGUCAAAAUUUCAACGCUGAAGAAAUUGUGCAUUAUCUGGAUUCUCCAAUGACAAAAGAUGACCUGACACUCCAAGUAGCAAAAUCUUCGGGAAAAACAGAACUGGAAGAUUUUGGAGGCAGCAAUACCAAUGCCGUGCACAAGAUUCGUUUGAAUCCAAAUGCCUGGAGCUGUUUAUGGAUGAUAUCCGGAGGUCAAGCCGGGCUCCUGAGAUUAGACAAUCUUUCACCUGUUGUUCAGCCACAUAAAGUUCACGUUAAAAGGUUCUAUGACCUUAGGAAUUCUGACAAACUGUCACAGAGCAAAAAAAAUCACUGGUAG